AUGAUCACUGGCAAAUUGGUCAUUGAUAAUACCCGCAAACCCUUGAAACAUGUGCGCUGCAGUGGCAUUUCCAUGUACUUUCGCGGCAAAGAGUACAGCUUGGUGGGCUAUGAUAUGACGAUUCGAAACGUCGACGAUGGAUCGCUCAUGAAGGAACGACACUACAAGCGAGAUACCCAAGAAUUCUACCGCCUCGAGCUCAAGAUCCCCAAGGAACUGACCGAUACCAUUGUAGAAGGCGGACGGAUUCAUCCUGGCAAAUACGAGAUUCCUUUUUCCUUCAACCUUCCCUCCAAACUACCGGGUAGUUUGCGCGUCUUUUCGGGAGAUUACAAAAGUCACAAAGAAAGCGAUCGGGCGGAAAUUUCCUAUUGCUUGCGAGCCAAAUUGGAGGAAUCGGGACACUUGUAUGCCUACCAAACCCGCAAGACCAUCACCGUGGCAGCAGCACCCCAGCGAUUGGAACGAGUCCCUCACUUCUGUGGAGCCGACGACACUGGGAUUUCGGUGGGAGCGUCCUUUACCCAUGUCGCGCCCGGGCAGAAACCCGUCAUUAGUAUUUCCAUUGAUAAAAACGACGAAUUGGUGGAAGGCGCCGAAGUGAAAUCCCUCAAAAUGUCAAUACUACAAGCUACCACUUGGAAAGCCGACACACUGCACAAGGGAAAAGAUGCGGUUCCCUUUGGGAUGAAAUUCUCCCAGAAACGAGAAAGCCAAGAAAUCAAGGAUCUCAACUUGAAGGGAUACAUUGAUAUUGAAUUUCCCAUUCCGAAGGUAACCUCUCUCUGGAACACUACAGAGGGACAACUCUUGUCGGUAAUGCACGAAAUUGAAGUACGGAUAAUCAUGAGACACGGAACCUACGCUACGGAAUAUACAUUUUCCAUCCCCAUCAAAAUGGCACCUCCUGGAUCGGAAACUCUCUUGUUGGGAAAGGAAGUGAGGGUUGUCACGGCUGAGGAAAAGUCUAUCAAAUCAAAAUCCUCCCGUGGGUCGAGAAAACGAAAAACCGCAAAGUCGGUCAAGGCUGCUACCACAGCCAGUUUUACCUGGAAACAAGUCGUUCUGAAUGUGUUAUGUCUGUGUCUCCUCUACUACGUCUACCUGCACUUUGACACUGUCUUUGGGAGACUCGCCGCCGCACCUGCCUUUAUACGCGAAUUAGCUGAUGUUGGGACUGCGUUGGCCGCAUUUUCGUGA